AUGCAUUCUUUCCAAAUUGACAAGUCCUCCAUCCGGACAACAGAGCCGCCGAACCGAGCACUGGACGACUGGCAUCACCCAAGGAGCAGAUCAGUACUGAUAUCUCUUCGGGCGUAUCCAAAAAUUGCCUUGUACUCGUUUGCCCUGAGUCUUUCGGCCUUGCUGGUGGGGUACGACGUUGUUAUACUUGGAUCCGUCGUCGCUUUGCCGAUAUUUCAGCGAGACUUUGGCGAACAGUAUGGACAUUCAUCAAUCAUACCAUCCAUGUGGCUCGCCCUCUGGAAUGCGUCCAGCUUUAUCGGCCAAAUGUUUGGCGCCAUCCUGGGCGGUUGGGUGCAGGACAAGAAAGGCCGACGAACUUCUUUGAUAGCUGGCAGCUUGGUCUCGGCCGCCGCCGUCGCCAUCUGUUACACUUCGUACUUGCCCGAGGACGUGGACGCGCGCCGGGGCAUGUUCCUCGGCGGCAAGGUGGUCAUGGGCGUCGCCCUGGGCAUGCUCAUGGCCACGACGCAGACCAUCAUUUCCGAGAUUGCGCCGCCCGAUCUCCGCGCCUCGGCCCUGGCGCUCCUGCCGACCAAUAUCCUGCUCGGCCAGUUCCUCGGGUCCGCGGCCGUCUUUGCCCUCUCCAACGACGGCACGCGGCGGUCGUACCUGGCCGCCCUGGCGACGCAGUGGCUCUUUUUCCUGCUCGUCUUCAUCGUCGCCGUGGUCGCGCCCGAGAGCCCUGCGUACUUUGUCUCCAACAACCAAUAUAGCAAGGCGUUGCGGUCCCUGGCCCGGCUGCACACGUCGCGGGUCGAUUUGCCCGCCAUGCUGGACCAGGUUCGGCAUUUUGUCAUUCACGAGGAACAGUUCUUCCGCGACAAGAAGUACUUUGACAGCUUUGGGCGUAGGCACCGGCGGCAGACCAUGAUUGUGCUGUUUGCGGGAAUCAUACCACAGUUAUUCGGGCUUGGCCUUUUGUCGCAAUCUGGAUAUUUCAUGCAGACCAUAGGCAUGCAAGCCACCCUGAGCCUGGCAGUCCUUUCUUUGGGGAUCAUCCUGGGCCUUGUCGCCAAUAUCAUUGGUCUUUGGACCGUGAGCAAGGUUGGCAGACGAAAGCUGAUUCUAAUUUCCUUGACCAUCUCUGCCUUUUUGUGGUUUGGCAUGGGAGUCGCCGGUUUCUGGUCUGGCACAGCGACUAUGUGGUACUCGGCAGGGACCUUCAUGGCAGUCGUGGUCGUCAACGGCCUUGGCUCGUGGCCGGCUUCAUAUGCUGUUGCGGGUGAAACGUCGUCACUUCUGCUUCGUGGAAAGACGCAAGGCCUGAAUUGGUUUGCCAAUAGCUUAUUCUCUGGAAUUGUCAGCGUCGCUCUCCCCCUUCUAUACAACCCAGACGCAGGGGCACUGGGCGCGAGGACGGGCUUUAUUUUGUUUAGCUUGUGUGUGGUGGGGGUCUUUGUAAGCUGGCUCAUCAUUCCGGAAAUGAAAGGUCGGGACCACGCAGAGAUUGAAAGAAUGUUUGAGCUGCAGGUUCCCACUCGGGCCUUCAAAAGGUGGUCCGAAUCGGAGGAUACGCAAGAGCUUCGUCAAAUUUAA